GGGUAACCAUGGCACCCAAGGCCUCCUGACUCUUAGAUUCCAGGACCAAACCAGCCCCCUCCGUCGCAUGGCCAGCAGAGCUGGCCUGAACCUCGGGGACUUUGGCUCUCCCAAGAGAACCCGGAUCCUAGCCCCACCAGGAGCCGAAGCAAUGGCCUCAAAGCCUGAGAAGAGGGUCGCCUCGUCUGUCUUUAUCACCCUGACACCCCCGCGCCGUGAUGUGGCCGUGGAAGAGGAAGUAAGGCAAGCGGCUUGUGAGGCCCAGCGUGGCCACCCCUGGGAAUCACCUGCCCCCAUGAAGGCACCUGGGGCUGGCUCAGUGGGGAGGCCCAGCCCCUGGAUGCCACCUGGCAGGGUUGCAGCCACAGUGCCAGCUGUGCCACCUCAGCUCUCCAAUGGAGGAUGCUCCCCCCCUCCUCCCACCCUGGCCGGCGAGGACUCACUUGCCGACCUGGACCUCCUCCCACCACCUCCGCCGCCCCCACCGGCAUACCUGCCUCUUCCUGAUGAGGCACCCCCUCCCUCGAUGGGGGCGUCACUCAUUUCAGACUUGGAGCAGUUGCACCUGCCGCCACCCCCACCCCCACCACAGGUCCCAGAAGAGGGACCUCCAGCCCAGUCUCAGCCCAAUCAUCUCAGGCCCAUGAAGGAGGAGCUGCCGCCUCCCCCAGAAGAGCCUGUCGGCUUCCCUGAGAGAGAGGCAUCCACAGAUGUCUGUGCCUUCUGCCACAAGACUGUGUCCCCCCGAGAGCUGGCCGUGGAGGCCAUGAAGAGGCAGUACCACGCCCAGUGCUUCACCUGCCGUACCUGCCGCCGCCAGCUGGCCGGGCAGAGCUUCUACCAGAAGGAUGGGCGGCCCCUCUGCGAACCCUGCUACCAGGACACCCUGGAGAAAUGUGGCAAGUGUGGCGAGGUGGUCCGGGAGCACAUCAUCAGGGCCCUGGGCCAGGCCUUCCACCCCACCUGCUUCACGUGCGUGACCUGUGCCCGGUGCAUUGGGGAUGAGAGCUUUGCCCUGGACAGCCAGAACGAGGUGUACUGCCUGGAUGACUUCUAUAGGAAAUUCGCCCCCGUGUGCAGCAUCUGUGAGAAUCCCAUCAUCCCCCGGGAUGGGAAGGAUGCCUUCAAAAUCGAGUGCAUGGGAAGAAACUUCCACGAAAACUGCUACAGGUGCGAGGACUGCAGGAUCCUCCUGUCUGUCGAGCCCACGGACCAAGGCUGCUACCCACUGAACGACCGUCUCUUCUGCAAGCCAUGCCACGUGAAGCGCAGCGCUGCAGGGAGCUGCUGAGGCCACCUGCCAGCCCCGGCCGAUCCUCCCUGACCCAGCUUCCCUUCCUGACCUACUCCUGCACGUUUUCCGUCUGAGCCUCAAUGGACACCAGCCUGCAGCUCUGCCCAGUGUGUCUGGGACGCAGGGGGCCGAGCCACCUGGGCUGACCUCCACCCAGCUCAGAGGAGGGUGGCUGGUGGAUAGCACCCCAGACUUCCAACUCCUCUUUCUGCCCCUGGGCAUUGGAAGGCUCCUGGACCAUGAGUGUCAUGCCUGGAGUUCCUUCUGGCCUUUCUUGAGCACUGGCCUGACCCAUAUCGGGGGAUGAGUCUUCAGAUGGCACCUGUGUCCCCAGCACUAACACUUUAGCUGUCUGUCUAGUGGGGGGUGCUGAGACCAGUCCUGGCUUGCAGGGCUGAGCUGUCUGAGGAGAAACUCCAAGGUCCCUUAAAAAGUGCUUUCUGAAGAUUUUGAUGUUUAAGUGAUGGGAAACAAAAUCCUUUGGAUUUGGGGGAGAGAAAUCUUAAUAGCAAACAUCUCCCCUUGGUCCAUACAUGUACAAGAAUGUGACCUAGUGGUGGCGUGGCCAUGGACUUCCCAGCUCUGGGACGAGUCAUGCUGAAGUGGGGCUUGGCUCAGGACCAGGACAAGAGGGUGGUCUGCAGACACGCGAGACGUCAGCACCUGCUCCACCUGCCUUCUGGCGCCGCCUCCUAUGCGCCACAGCAAGGUGACAGACGUGGAUUGAGUGACUGUUGUAUGCACGGGCUGAGUAUUUCCUGUAGCCUUGACUGGGACCAUGCACAUACCACCCCCCGACACACACACACUCCUCUAGGACGGUGCCAGGGCAGGUGUCCAUUCAGCCCCUUCGUUGUGUCCCCCAAGUCCCACUCAGGCCCCCUAGCCCAGGCUUCCCAUAGCCACUGCCUCCACAAGGCCACGCCUAGAAGAUUCUUCUUUGUUUUGAAGGAAAAUCACUUUUGUGGCUUCAUAACUCCUAAGACAUUUUGUAGGACAUGAGCAAAUUCAACAAAGUGUUCCCCCUGGGGGCUUCUCGAUGUACCACGUGCUCCUGCGGGAACCCCACAGCUCCAAGCACUGGGUGGGAUCCCUGGAGAUCCUCGAGGGGCUUCAGACCAGAGCACGGCUUCUUGCCCUAAGCUUAGAGCAGCAAGUUUCAAACGUCAGCAUUCACAUGUCCCCUCCACGACUUUUACGAUAACCGAGGACCUCUUGUUCUCCUUUCCUUUAAAUCAACAUACUAGUUUUACUCACUUUCAGUUUUAGCCUGUGCCAAGCAGUGUAUCCAUGCAGUCACGUGUUGAUGCACUAGUUAGGUUUUUCCUCUUAUACAUGAAAAUAAAUGUGUAACUAUUAGAAGUC